AUGCUCCCAAAGGAAGUAUCGAAGAAAAUAAACAAUAACGCCACCCAGUUAGCCAAUUUAAAACCAACUUUUAACUUUCUCAAAAAUAUUACUUUUAGAAAUGUAAUGGAUCAACUGGGACAAAAGUUAGAAAUUUUUGAAUCAUUUGGAGAGGGGAUUUCACAAACUGAUAUUCAAAAUUGGUAUUUACCUAGAUAUAAAAUUUUACUCAAUAUUAUGUCAUCCAAGAGACGUGACAAUAUAAACCUUAAACCCACGUUUUACAUCUUCCGAUGUUUCCAAUUAUUAUUACUAUCUUCCUACUGUUUCCAGUUGGAAAAAACUUAUUCAUUUAAGAAAUGCAUCUCGCAGACAUUACUUUAUAGCUUUAUUAGAAAGGAAAUGUGGCAAAUAUAUCAAGAAACUGGUCAACUAGACACAUUUAUGGAAUUCCACUCCAAAACAAUUGUUAACUUGAUUAACCUUAGAUUACAGGCUGCUCAACAAAAGACACAAGAGCAAGAUAGACUACUAGAAACAAUAGAUGGUAUUCAAGAAAUUUUCUUUCUCCUAGAAAGCAUCGUGCAUGUUCUCAUUUCCUUGAGAGUAGAAGGCAAACCAAACUCUCAUAAUGGCUCUGGUCACCAACAUUUUGCCAAGGCUUAUUAUCAAAUAUAUUCUAGAAGGAAAAAAAUGAUAUCAAAUAAAUACACAAACGAUAUCCAGAAAAAUAUUGUAAAGCAUUCAAAAGAAAGAGCAAAAUUGACUCAAUUCCUAUGGCGUAUAAGUCAAUGGCUAUUGUUGAUCAUUGACUUAAUAGAUUGGGCCCGCUUUUCAACGCUGUUUGGGAAUAAUGAUCCAUUGAAGACUAUGAUGGAGAAGAGCAGAACAUUCAUUCAAGCGGCAAUAUUAACUUUUGAUGACAAGGAUUUGAUAACUCACAUGAGGCUAAUGGCAUGGCCAUUUCUUGGAUAA